AUGGCAUCUAAUCAUUGGAUCCCAUUUUCUGUCUUUUUCUCAAACACAUACUUCAUAAAAUGCUGCACAUUUGCAACGACUGCAGGGACACAGAAGCAGAUAAAGACUGCCAGUUCCAGAUUAGCCAUGGCGACGCUACAGAGGACAACAAAGUCAUUUAGGAGGCAAGGUUCAUCAGGGUCGGUUUGGGAGGGUGAAAAGUCGCCGGAAGAGGUGAACCAGUUGACCGGAAAAGAAGGUAAUAGUGAAGAUCAACGGCAACUCCGGCCAUGUUACAGUUUUGGUGGUGGUGGAGUGAGAGAAGGCUCGAUCUCAAACGUUGGGCCCACCGUUUGCACCCGAAGUUUGUCAACGCCGAUGACACGCCUGACUGGAGAUGGCGGUGGUUUUGACUUACGGAAGUUUGAAAAGCAUGAUAAACAACACAAAACGAUGGCAGAGAAUAACGCUUCUCAACUGAUCUUCGAUAAGGUUGCUGACAUCAAUGCAUCAAAAGAAUGUUGGAACAUCCGCGUUAAAGUCAUGUUGCCCAAAAAUGAUCGGGAGCUUGGACAUGAUUUUAAUUGA